UACUAUCAAAUACGACAAGUCUGGCAACAUUAUCGCCUGGAGCUCACGUCAUUUAUAUGUCAUAUUUUUUUAUUUUGUUCUCAAAAUCACAACAGAGAGAGGCAAGUUCGUGCGUGAGAAACAAUUGUAAAUCACAAGUACUUAUCGAAUAUAAUACCAAGGACAAAAUGAGCGAACCAUGGCCAGAAAACCCCCUGCCCACACUCUAUCAACCCUACGAAGCUGAACAGAUUUUGCUGUAUGAAAAUUCCAGUUGUUUGGCCGUCAAGGCAUACCUCAAGAUGUGCAAUCUUCCCUUCGAGGUGAGAUCCUGCGCCAAUGCUGAGUUUAUGUCACCAGGCGGUCGCAUGACCAAAUUGCCGGUGCUACAGGUGGGGGCAUUUGUGUUUGCCGAAUUUGAACCUAUCGUCAACUUUGUUGAACACCAAAGCUCUGCCAUUGGCCAGUGGUUGGAUGAGGACGAGAAAUCGGAAAUGCGUACUUAUGUCUCGUUGACGGAAAACAUAUUCACCAUGGCUGAAAUCUAUAUUAGUUUUAUGGUAGAUCGUGUCUACAACGAAGUGACUGCUCCCCGCAAUGGCUGUGUCUUUCCAUGGCCAUUGAAUAAAAUACAAAAUGCCUCAAAGAAACGACAAGCAAAGAAACUCCUGAAAGUCUACCUAUGGGACAAUAUGGAAAUCGAAGAUGUCAUGGAAAAGGUGGAAAAAUGUUGUGAAACCCUAAACCUUAAGCUCAAGGAACGUGAUGGUCCCUUCUUCUAUGGCGAACAGCCAUGUGAAUUGGAUGCCAUUGUCUUUGGACAUCUGUUCUCGGUACUUACAAUCAAUCUACCCAAUAUGGCAUUAGCACAAAGUGUACAAAAGUUCAAGUCGUUGGUACAAUUUUGCCGUUUCAUCGAUGAGAAAUAUUUCCAAACAAAAUCUGUAUAAAUGUUAAAUAUAUUAAUAUACCAUAAUAUGUUUGUCACCGUGUGCUUGUUAAUCCAGUCAUUACAAUAGUAAGAAAUUGUUUUCAAAUGCUUUUUAAGUUAAAUUUUCUGUGUAAACUUAAAGGAAAAUACUGAACAAAUUUAUUCUUUAUAAUAAAUCUUAAGUGAAAGACAAAA